AUGUCACAGCUAAUUGUUGUUCUGGGAAUCACCGGCGUACAGGGAAGCUCUGUUGCCGACACGUAUCUUCACUCUGCGGGUUGGAAAGUUCGUGGCGUGACUCGCAAUCCUGAGUCUGCAAGUGCCAAGGAGUGGGCGGCCAAAGGUGCCGAGAUCGUCCGAGGCGAUGUCAACGAUGUCAAGUCUCUGAAGAGAGCAUUCGUCGGUGCCAACAUCAUCUUCGGUGUUACGGAUUUCUGGACCAUCUUCAAAGACCCCGAGAGCAACAACAAGAAACGUCCUGGCCAAGAACUCGUUGAAUACUGCUACGAGGUCGAGCUGCAGCAAGGCAAGAACAUCGCUGAUGCGGCGGCCACCGUCCCUGGCCUCUCUCGAUACGUCUUCAGCUCCAUGGCCCAUGCGACGAAAUCGAGCGGCGGAAAAUACAAUACGCUUUUCCACAUGGAUUCCAAGGCCGAAGCAGCCUCGUAUGCCCAAAGCCUGCCAUUGCUCCGUGGCAAGUUCUCGCAGAUCCAGGCACCUAUUUACUUCCAGCUGCCCUGGCAGUGGGGACUACCUACGACCCCACAGAAGCAAACUGAUAGAACCUGGCGCAUGAGGGGCGUUGGCCCAGGCGACAAGGGAAUUCCGUUUGGAGAUGUCCAGAAAGACUUUGGGCCAUCUGUCAAAGCAGUUGCCGAGGCCGAGCCCAACGUGAACCUGUUUGCAGUCGGAGAAUACGUGUCCUGGGCAGACUACCUGAGAAUCUUCUGCGAGACUCAAGGUCUGAAGUACGGUGGCUAUGACGAACUCUCGUAUGACGAUUUCUGCAAGUUACUUCCCGGAGGUCUUGGUCAUGAGUUCAGUCACAAUGUUCUGUUUGCUCAUGAAUUUGGGUACGAAGGAACAGACCCAUCAGUUAUUAAACCAGAGAAGCUAAAUCUCAAGAUGACUUCUCUCCGUGAGUACUGUCAGAGUACUGACUUUUCUGCGAUCUUGUAA